AUGACAGUCAAAUCCUUCCGGUCCUCCUCAUCAAAGUUGCAAGUUGCCAAAGUUGCCAACGCUGCCAAAGUUGGGACGGACCUGAAGAGUCAAGUCGACGGGGCUAGUCCCAGUUCGGGCAGCGCCACUCUGGUUGUCAAGGCCCACAUCCUUCAUCUACAGAGCCACGACUCGGCACGCCGCAUCGUUCAGCAGCAUCCAACCUGCCACGCUCUGACGCUCAACACGAGCAUCAUCUGCGAUCCAAACCAACCCGGCUGGCCCAAGCACGUCUCCCGACAACCAGAGGCAGAAGCACUCUUCCGACCGCUCCCACUUCACCCCUACCCCGGAACCCGCAUCAACAUCCUACAACAGCAUUGCAUUCCUCACUUUACGCCGUCGUUUACCAAAAGGCCUAAAGGCCGGAUGGAGUUGACAAUCCCCUCUGCGCCUGAGCCCGUCCCCCGUCUUGCAGUUGGCGAUACCUUGAUAGUAAUUCAUGAUUUCCUAGCCAGAAGCUCAGACGAACUCAGCUUGUCCAAAGGAGAUAGAGUCGAACUGAUUGAACGAGACGACGAAUUCGGCGAUGGUUGGUUUCUGGGACGCCAUAUUCUAAACGAUAACACCGGCCUGUUUCCCGAAGUCUACACUCGACCGGCACCAAAGAAUGUGUCCGUACUUGCUCCCCCAAGACUGUUAUCCUCGACCCAAGAGACCAAGAACGCGGCCCAAGAUACAGGGAUCGCCAGCGCUCCGACAGCCUCGCCACUAUCCCCCCAACCGUCAUCGGCGCAACCGAUUGGGAAAGAAGGUACCUCGACGUCCUUGCCUCUGCAGCCUGUCAAGCCCGAUAUUCCGGCCGCAACGUCCAGCACGACAGCGAGCAGCUCCCCAGCCUCGCAAUUACGUUCAGCGCGCAACCCGAGCCAUGACAGCCAAGUGCUAAAUGACACAUUGAACGUAAUCAACGAACACAUCACCCACUUGAGGGGCUCUCCCAGCAGUGGUGGGCUUCUCGUGCCGGCUGGGGCCAAUGACUCCGGGAGCGAGUACAGCAUGCCCCUUGACCAGAGAAUGUCAUACAUUCAAGGCGAAGAAACAGACGAGGAAGAGGAUCAAGAACACAGCCGCGCAGAGGUGGAAUCAUGGGACGCUGAUCAAGUCGCAGAGCAUCUCUUCACAGUCGGGGUCGAAAAACAGCACUGCGAAGUUUUCAGGGAUCAGGAGAUUAGCGGCGAAGUGCUUCUAGGAAUGGACCAAAGCUCGCUGUUUAUCAAGGCCUUCGAUCUCGGCUCUGUCGGCAGGCGGCUCAAGACGUGGCACAAGAUCAAAGCGCUGCAAGACGAAGUUGACGAACCGGGACCCUCGACCAGGCGGACAACGCGAACUUGGGGUAGUGAUGUGGGCUCCUCGGAAGAUGCCAAAGGGACAAGAGCUCGAACCAGCGCGACGACGGUGGCAUCCGUCUCGAAACUUUUUGCGCCCCAAGGUUCCUCAGCGCAGACGCCCCAGGUCAGUCCUACGACGACGCGGUUUGGCUUGUCAACAAGCGGCAGCCUUGAUACACCGACCAGGUCGAAUCACGUCAAGCGGCCGUCGGCCGCAUCCGUACGAGAUCUUCAUCAGUCACGCCGCCAUUCAUCUAUUGACUAUCGCGCCCCCGCUCCUCCUUUCGCGGGAGCUUUGGCUGCUGCGACUCCUCCCGCAGCAGCCCUGCUACCCAAUGGAACCGCGACCAGGGUGGACUCGGCCCCCCCUUCGCACAAGAAGCAAGCCUCGUUUGACCGCAACUGGACCCUCGGCAACGCCUUGGGUCACCAACCCCCCCGGAGUCGACCACUCUCCUCGGCCGGUCUGCAAGAUGCCAGGAACGGUUCAAACCCAGACUUGCAAGAUUCGGCAGUGGAUUUGGAUCGAGGCUACUUCUCCGGCGCGGAGACGGAUGGAAGGCGUCGCAACGUGCUGAAGAAGCGAGAUUCCAGGACGUCGAGCUACGCCGACGAGCAGCGAGUUCGGAGUGCCACGGCUCUGUCGAGACACUCGAGGUUUGGCAGCAUGGAUUCGUACAGGGACGCGUCCACCUCCCCGGCUGCCCAAAAGUACUACGGCCUACAGUCGACACCACAUAGGCGAACGGCGUCGGCAAAGACGGCCGAAUCAGCACGACCCAGCCCGCCAACCACGGACAGCCCGGCGCCGAUUGUUACCCGAAUCGAUGCCGGACUGAAUCCAACCCGGUCCGCGGCGUCACCCAUGACCACGACGUCGUCAGCCAGGCAAGGGUUCGCUCCCGACUGGCUGGCAGCCGUUGUAAACAAGCCCAUGAGCAAAGGCCGCCCUGGCAUGAGAGCGAUCUCCGAUAAGCUGUCGAGGAACUCGUCAAAGGACAUGGCAUCGGGCGACGGCGCGCUAGAUUCGCCGGGGGGCGCUACGCCAAGCACGGCCUCUGGCGAGCCGAGCCUUGACGUGGUGGACUCUCCAGCCACCGGGAAGAGCUUCAACUCGAUGACCAGCAAGAGCAACAAGAAGAAGGGAAAGAAGGACACGAGCGCCUACACGCGCGGGCUUCUAAAGGCGACCCCCCUGGAAGCGAAGCAAGGCGCCGACUACUACGGGUGGAUGAAGAAGAAGAGCUCCAAUCUCAUGACGACGUGGAAACCCCGUUUGUUUGUUCUCAAAGGCCGCAGGCUCGCCUACUACUACGCCGAAGACGACGACCAGGAGAAGGGCCUCAUCGACAUCUCGUUCCAUCGCGUUCUGCCGGCGGGCAACGAGAGGCUGACGGGCCUGCAUGCCACGCUGACGGGAGCAGCUGGCGGCGGCCCCGGCGGCCCCGGCGGCCCGUCCCAUGGCGGCAGCGACGCGAGCGGCGGUGCCGGGGGUGCCGGGGUGGCGGCCGACAAGGGCAGCGAGUCCGUCUUCAUCUUCAAGCUGGUACCCCCUCGGGCGGGGCUCUCGCGAGCCGUCAACUUUACCAAGCCGACGGUGCAUUACUUUGCGCUGCCCAACGUCGAGCAGGGUCGGCUGUGGAUGGCGGCCCUGAUGAAGGCCACCAUUGACAGGGACGACACGCAGCCCAUCACGACGACGUACCAGCAAAAGACCAUCUCGCUCAACAAGGCCAAGCAGAUGCGGCACCGGCCCCCUGCUCUGAUGAACCUCGAGGAGGCGGCCGAGGACGACCAGCGCGGCCCGGCGGCCACCAGGCCGGUCAACAACGGCCUGGGGAUCCUGGGAGAAUCCGACAGCGGCGUAUCGGGGCUGGGCAAGCUGGUUGGUGUUCAGUCUGGGAGCAACGGCGUCAGCUGCCAAUCGCCAGAGGUUGGUGGUUCCACAGCGGCCCUUCAACAGAGCGCGUAG